AAAAACCUUUUCUCUCUUCUUCAUAGCAAGAACUAGUAGUAUCUGCAACAAUGGAGUUGACAGCAAGAAACACUACUACUACUGCAGCAUCAUCGUCUAUUCUCGUCACGUUCUUCAAAUUCCUCUACUCCGCUAUCCGCGAGGCCUUCCUCCUCAAACCCCCUCAAAUCUCCAUUAAUCCCGGCGGCGGAGGCAAGGUGGAGGAGGAUGCAUGCAGUGUUUGCAUGGCGGAUGUGAAGGUGGUGAUGGGUAGACUCGGCAUGGAGUGGGAAGAAGACGAGGAGGAGGAAGAAGAAGAGAGUGAAAGGGUUGUUGUUGGUGGAGGUGAGGAGGAGGCUAGCAUGGCGGAGGUCAAACGAUGUUUCGAUGUGUUUGAUGAGAAUGGGGAUGGGUUCAUAGAAGCAUGUGAGUUGCAGAGAGUUCUUGUUUGUUUGGGCUUAGAGGAGGAGGGGUGUGGGUUGGAGGAUUGCAAGAGGAUGAUUUGGGCUUUUGAUGAGAAUGGUGAUGGGGUGAUUGAUCUUGGUGAGUUUGCUAAACUUAUGGCCCAAAUCUCCAUCUAG